UAUGAAAAUUAGAAAGAAGCCCUAAAAUCAGCACAAAACCGCCGCUCUGCUUCUUCUUCUCCAAACUGAAUUUCAUGAUUGUUAUGUUGAGAAAAUGUUGAGAAGAAGACUUGCUUCAGUGCUACCUAAUCUGAUACGAUCGUUUCAAAAGCCUACUCCAAGGUUUCCCCCUCAACUACAGUAUAGGAGUACAUCCGCAUCCGUUGGUAGCUUCAAUUAUAGGUAUGAUUUCGGUAGCGUGAGAGCUUACAGCAGCCUUUUGGCACUGAACGAUCUGAGGGAUAAUCCAGGUUCUCGGCAGCAGAAGACGAGGAAGGGGCGGGGUAUCGGGUCGGGUAAGGGAAAGACCGCCGGCCGGGGACACAAGGGUCAAAAGGCCCGCGGCACCUAUAAAUUCGGAUUUGAAGGUGGACAGACGCCGCUUCGUCGCCGCCUUCCUAAACGUGGCUUUAAAAAUCCCUUCACUCUCACAUUUCAGCCUGUUGGUUUAGGAAAAAUCGCAAAGCUGAUAAAUGCUGGGAAAAUAGAUUCUUCAGAAUUGAUCACAAUGAAAACUCUCAAGGAUUGUGGAGCUAUAGGCAAGCAAAUAGAAGACGGUGUUAGACUGAUGGGACGUGGAGCUGAACACAUUAAAUGGCCCAUCCAUCUAGAGGUUUCACGGGUGACAGUAAGGGCAAAAGCAACAGUAGAGGCUGCCGGGGGGACCGUGAGACGAGUGUAUUACAACAAAUUGGGGCUGCGGGCACUGCUGAAACCAGAGUGGUUCGAAAAGAAGGGCAGGCUACUUCCAAAAGCAGCAAGGCCGCCUCCGAAAUUAAAAGAGAAGGUAGACAGCAUCGGUCGAUUGCCUGCUCCUAGGAAGCCAUUACCUUUCACUGCUGAAGAAAAAGAGGCAAUGCCUCCUGCUGCCUCAUCUGCUUAAUGUCAUACUAUGAGUCUAUGAAGGCAAUACAAAACGCUAAAUUUUUAGAAUUUGCUUUUGUUUUGUUUUGUUUUAUUUUGUUGUUAGCUGUGAUGAUGUUCUUGCGCCAAGAAAAAUAAAAUUGAAGCUGAUUAUGUCUUUUUCUUUA